AUGAAUUACCCCGACGAUCCCAGGGCCGCUCAAUACUCGCACUCGCGACCUCUGAUGCCCGCCAGGUCGAAUAGCAGCUACCUGACCGACGCGCCCUUUGCCUUUGCCGACUCGACGACCAUGCGGCAAGACAAUGUCUUCUACCACGACGACCACCAAAGCCAUCUUGGCCCCCAUCGCCCUUCCAACGCCGCUGCCUUCAUCAAGCCCGAGCCCCACGCUGCCCAGCGGCGAAGCUUUUCCAAUGGCAGCUUCGCCGAUUCCUCGGAACGCGAGGGCGACCAGUACAGCGUGGCCAGAGCCACGCCCUCGCCAAUCAACCCCAACGUAGGCUCAACCCCGCCCAUUCCGGCAACUCUCAACUCAAACAUGCAGCCGACGUGGCGCGGCUUCGUGCACACGACGCUCGAUGGCUUGAUGGUCAUCGAGGCAUGUUUGAGGGGCACCCUCAACCACUGCCCCCGCAGGCCCCACGACAGAGAGAGAGCCGGCUUGAUCCAGAGCGGCAACAUCUUUGUCUACGAGGAGUCAACCUCGGGCAUCAAGAGGUGGACCGACGGCGUCUCGUGGAGCCCCAGCAGAAUCCACGGCAACUACCUAAUCUACCGCGAGCUCCAGAGGCCUUGGCCACCCGGCGAAAAGAAACGCGCCAACAAGCCCAAGAACAAGAAUGCGCGAGUCGAGCCCUAUGGACGCGCCGGCCAUCACUAUGGUGAAGAAAGGGUUCAAGACGUCAUUGAUCGCAAGCUCACGGGAUCUCUGGUAGAUUCGUACGACUUCAAGCCCGGCGGGUUGGCAAAAAGGACUCUCAGCGUCACGGUCAAUGGAUGCACGCACCAUCUGAUUGCCUAUCAUUCUGCCGACAGUGUAAAGGAUCUAUUUCGCCCGGGGCAUGAUCCGCGCUUCGCAAACUGCCAUCCAAGGAAAGAAUUGCUUACCGAGCAGAAAUUCAGGAGUUCCAUUGAAGAUCCCGAUGACAUCGUCCCGUAUACACAAUACGCAACCGUGGAUCUAUCCAUGGCCAACAUGAGCUCCUACGGCCAACACUAUUCGUCGGCUGUCCAUGGUCUUUCCGCCGCUCUUUCGUCCGCAUACCAUACCGUUUCUCAAUCACAACCGAGCAUGUACACGUCCUCGUCCAGCAGCUUCUCUGGAUACCCAGGAGUUACGACAAGUCCGGCAACCUCCCACAGUUCCUUUGGUAGCAUUGGAAAUCAGUUGCACAUGCCCCAGGCCAGGGCAUCAAGUGGCUUAGUCAGUCCUCUCAGUAAUAUGCACAUCAACCAAUCACCGGUGCACAACCAACACCAAGCGCGCCUUGCAAGCCACUCUUCGUAUCGCACGGGCCAUCUUCCGUCGGACAUUCAAGUCUCAAACGACUAUCAGCCAUUUUCGCCCCCCACAAACUACACGACUGCUCCCAUGGCGGCGUUCAACCAAAACUUUGGCUUCGACCGUCCCAGUCAGCAAUACCAUGGAAGCAUAAGCGACGUCAACGACGACUCGCCGGUGCCACCACACCAGGUCUACGACCCAGCAUCCAAUCCUUUGCAAGGUCCGGAAUCUUUCGCUUGUUACAGUGGUACACAACAUAUUCGCCAUGAUACCCUCGGUGCUUACGACGACAGGGCUCCGAACUACGCCAAUCACUUCAGCUGA